AUGGUCCUCCUUCAUGAACUGUGGGCACGUCGACCACAUCACAUGCACGUUAUUGUGUUGCUCGACAAUCUUCAGCAGAUACUUCUCGACCCGCGCCUGGCCCUGGCCCAAGGCUCCCUCAAGCCGCAAACAGCAGAGAUCCUAUCCGAAAAGAUCCAGCUGAUUAACGACACGGGCAACACGGAGUGCGGCUCCUUCGUGCAGUUCCAGGCCGACUCGCAGCACUGGGACUGCUACUUGUUCAGCGACGAGCUGAACGGCAUCGAAUGGCGGCGCACCGGGCCCGACGACGAUGCACACGAGUUCGAAAUGGUGCUCACCCGCACCAGUGACGCCGCAGCCGACUUCCAGGCCGUCUUCCGGACCUUGCCCGGCCUGCAGCAGUUCGAGACCAAGGAUCUCUUCGCCCGGCACCCGGUCGUCGCCGAGGGCCGGUUCGAGGAUGCCGUCGGCUCGCAUCCGAAUGUCAACGGCGCCUUGGUCUUCGGGUCGGGCUUCCCGACGCCGGGCCUUCUCGUCGAGCUAGCGGACUCCGUUGACAAGACGCGGGAGGGUAUUAGAGAGGAUGUCCCUAAUAUUUUGGAAGAUACCUACGGGAAGUGCCCGGAUUUCGCCCGCAUACUCGCAGACAAGAUCAUCAUCGCGGAGAGCGCGAAGCCCUUCGUGAGGACUACGAAGGGGACCGCGCAGCGUAAGAAGAGCAUCCAGGCGUACCAGAAAGAGAUCAGCGCCCUGUAUGAAGCGUCCGCAAACGGAGUGGACAAUGACCAGCAGGAAGCGUCCUACGAUCUAUCCUCCGACGAGACGUUCGUCGACUCCCUGGUGGCAUUUGUGGCUCGGUUGACGGAUACCGAGCGUCUGGAUCCCGAUACCGACUUCUUCGACGCUGGGAUGAGCUCGCAGCAGGUCGAGAUCCUGGCGACCAGUGUGCGGCGGGCGGUUCAGAACCAGCCCGACUGUGAUUUUGAUGAAGGUCGACUAAAACCACAUGCCGGAUACUCGGCCUCGUCGGCGAGCAAGCUUGCCUCUUACGUAUUCCGUGAUAAGGACGAUGAUCGGAAGGAUCGAUUGGAGGUCAUGUCGGCGCUGCUAUACACGACCCUCCUCCCAGCAAGCGAAAGCGAAACAGAGAACCCACCACGCACAAGCCACCCCCAAAACGAAAACCCCAGGGAACACAUCCUCCUAAGCGGAAGCACAGGCUUCAUCGGCUCACACCUACUACAUCACCUCCGCCAGCGACCAGAAAUCCAGAAAAUCACCUGUCUAGACCGUCGCGCCGUGCCCCAGGAAUCGCAGUCCAAACCCACACCACCCGACGCAGGCGCAGGCGCAGAAGUAAACCACGUAAAAGGCAACCUCUCCACCCCAAACAACACAUUAGGCCUCGACCCCGAGACCUACAGCGAACUAAGCACCUCAACAACCACAAUCCUCCACACCCAAUGGCCAGUGGACUUCCACCAACCGCUGGCGUUCUUCGAAGCCCAACUCCAAGACCUCGGCGCCUUAGCCCACUUCACGCAGACCGCAACGCACCACCCUAUCAUAAUCUUCCUCUCGUCCAUCGCCACCGUAGAAAACAGGACCCAGGAAACCCAAACCCGAAAGACCGUCCCAGAAACCCACCUCACCCCGCUCCACUACGCCUACGGAGAGAGCAAGCUCCUCGCGAGCAUACUGCUACACCGAGCAGGCGAGCGCGCCUCGAUCUGUCGGCUUGGGCAGGUUGCUGGUCCUGUUGGCGGCGGCUGCACGGUGCGCCGAAACGCGACUUGGUUCUCCUCCCUCCUCGCCAGCGCACAGAGCAUGCACCUCCUCCCAGACUCCCUGGGCACGCAAGAUACGCUCGAUUGGAUUCCCGUUGAGAUUCUUGCGGAGUUACUGGGUGAUCUUAUUGUUGCUGACGAUGACAAUUACCACGACGAGGGGAUAGGGCCAGAGAGGGGCCAGACGAGGUACUUCCACAUCGUGAAUCCGGAUACCUCUGCCAAAUGGAGCGGGGAGAACGGGCUUGCGAAGAGUGUACUUGCCAUCUUAUGGGUUGGAUGCAGAAUGCGAAUUAGCCAGUUUGUCGAGCUGGAUACGCGAGCUGGAGGACGCGGUGGCGGCGGGUGAGUCGGUUCCGUUGCCUGGGGUUCGGCUUCUGGGUUUUUAUAAGUCGCUUCUUGGGGAUGGGGAUGCACCGCGGGUGAGUUUGGAGACGCGGUGCACGAGGCGGCGGGGUUCCGCGGCUUGGUGGGAUUCCCUCCUGUAAAUGAGGGGUGGGUG